ACGACAGCAACCCUCCAUACCCGUCAAAAUGGUCAACCUUCGCACCCAGAAGCGCCUGGCCGCCUCCGUUGUUGGCUGCGGCAAGAGAAAGAUCUGGCUCGACCCCAACGAGGUCAACGAGAUCUCCAACGCCAACUCCCGCCAGACCAUCCGCAAGCUCGUCUCCGAUGGCCUCAUCAUCCGCAAGCCCGUCACCAUGCACUCGCGCUCCCGCGCCCGUGAGCUGAACGCCGCUCGCCGCCUCGGUCGCCACCGUGGUUUCGGUAAGAGAAAGGGUACCAAGGACGCCCGUAUGCCCAGCCAAGUCGUCUGGAUGCGCCGCCAGCGCGUUCUCCGUCGCCUGUUGGUCAAGUACCGCGCCUCCGGCAAGAUCGACAAGCACCUCUACCACGAGCUCUACCACCUGAGCAAGGGUAACACCUUCAAGCACAAGCGCGCUCUCGUUGAGCACAUCCACAAGGCUAAGGCCGAGAAGGCCCGUGAGGCCAAGCUCAAGGAGGAGAUGGACGCCAAGCGUGCCAAGACCAAGGCCGCCCGCGAGCGCAGACAGGAGCGUGUCGAGCAGAAGAGACUCGCUUUCGCUGCCGACGACGAGGAGAAGAAGGCAUAAACGAGACAAUGUCACGGCGUGGCUUGAUGAUAUCUGAAAAACGCACAAGUCCGUUACGGCGGUGCUCUCGGUUCGAAUGGUGUUCUCUCUUCGUGGGCUUACGUUCUGGCGUGCGAAAUAUACCGGGGACCGAAUGGAUCAGUGCAGGCAUCAGUUUUGCAUGUACAUCGGUUUUAUGCAAUGAGGGCA